ACCUCACUCAACCAGCGUGGUUCAUGUGUAUGUCGUGAAUGAAAUUGUGUUUCCAUUUCCUCCAGAAAUUUUUAAUUUCCUUCGACAUCUUUAUAAAAUUUUACUCUGUUCCUUAUCCACCCUGCUCGGGGUGCGAUUAAAGAUUCGACAAGAUGGGGAAAAAGACUAAAAUUGGAAAACAGCGUAAAGAUAAGUUUUACCAUUUGGCUAAAGAAACAGGCUACCGUUCCCGAGCUGCCUUCAAGCUGCUCCAGUUGAACAGAAAAUUUGAAUUCUUACAAAAAUCUCGAGUUUUAGUCGACCUUUGCGCCGCACCGGGAGGAUGGAUGCAAGUCGCGGUACAGAACAUGCCCGUAUCCAGCUUAGUGAUUGGAGUGGAUUUAUUCCCAAUCAAGCCUGUCACCGGCUGCAUCGGCAUCCAGGAGGACAUCACUACCCCAAAAUGUCUCCAAUUAAUUAAAAAAGAGUUAAAAACGUGGAAGGCAGACAUAGUUUUGAACGACGGGGCUCCGAACGUGGGACAAAAUUGGAUUCACGACGCUUAUCAGCAGAACUGUCUCACUCUGAGUGCUCUAAAACUAGCUACGGAUAUUCUAAGACCGGGCGGUUUCUUUGUGACCAAGGUUUUCAGAUCCAAAGACUACAACUCGUUGAUCUGGGUGUGCCAACAACUCUUCCGAAACGUAUACUCUACAAAACCAGCAGCUUCCAGGAACGAGUCGGCCGAAAUCUUUGUCGUGUGUAAAGGAUUUCUAGCCCCGGCGGUGAUCGAUCCGAAAUUCCUGGAUCCAAAAUUUGCAUUUGAGGAUGUAGAUUUACCUCAGAAUAAGAAACAGUUGCAACAACUCUUGCUAGAAGUUGGGAAAAAGAAGAAACCAGAGGGAUAUCCCACUGGAGAAAUCCUUCUCUAUAAAGCAAUCAACGCGAGCGAGUUUAUCAAAAGUGCGGAUCAUAUUGAACUAUUGGGGAGUACGUCAGAGAUCACAAUCGAUGAAGAAUGGAUCGCCAGCAACCCAAAGACGACGGAGGACAUCAAAAAUUAUUGCAAAGAUGUCAAAGUUCUGGGAAGGAAGGAGAUCAAGGCGCUCGUCGGAUGGAGGAAGGAUUUACGGGACAAGUGGGACCAAUUUCUAAAGUUGAAAACUGAUUCUAAAACCUCCCUCCAAGUGGGAACAAUCCCUGAAGAAGCAAACGAUGAAAGUGAUACGGAAACCAAACUUGCCGAAGCUCUUCAAACCAUUCAAGAAGAGCAAGGAAAGGAAGAAAAGCGCAAAAAGAAGAAACUAUUGAAAGAAAUUAAGAAAAUCCAGGAGAAGACUAGUCUCGACAUGAUUAUUCCAGGCGAUGCUGGACCCACCGACACCAUGGAAAACUCCAUGUUCAAUUUGAAAGGCGUCAAGACCAUGGACGACUUGGAGAGAUUGACCUCAAAUCCACAAAUGCCUGAUAUGGAGUCUACCGAAAUGGAUGACAAUGAAGAAAUGGAAUUCUACGAGGAGAAGAGAAAAAAGAAGGUCGUUCGAUAUUCCAAAAAUGAACAAGUUUUGGAUAAGAGUGGGAAAUUUUAUAAGAGUACGGACGACGCGGGCGAUUCUGGUGGUGGUUCUGACGACUCGGAUGAUGAAGAAAUUGAUUUGAAGAAGGGACUCGGACUCGGUGGAAAUGAGGAUGAUGACGAAGACAAGAUGGAUAUCAACAUUGAUGACAUGGACGACGAAGACGAAGCCGCCCCUCCCCUGCUCACCGACCUUGAUCCCAGAGACAAGAGCGUGAAACGGUUGAAAAAAGCGGAACGUUGGUUUGACAAUGACAUUUUCAAAAGCAUUGGUUACGAUGAGGAUGAAGACGUCGAGUUGAACAAGUUGGCGGAAUCGUAUAUCAAGAAGGGGGCAAAAGUCCCAGGAUUCGAGAAGGAUAUGAAGGCAGAGAAAGAAGAGAAAGAGACCAAGAAAGAAGCGAAAAAGAAAGCUGCGGCAACGGCUAAGAGGAAAGCGGAGGACGUAGCGGGUCUGUUGGGAGGAGCUGAUGAUGCCACAACAACGGGACCAGUUUCUAAAAAGAAAAAGAAACUGGACGUUGCUGGCCUCGCCUUAGCCUCAGUGAUGAUUCAGUCGAAAAAGACGCGUCGCGAGCUUGCCGACGACGGUUGGAAUCGAUACGCCUUCAACGACGAGGGAAUGCCAGAGUGGUUCCUGGAGGAUGAGAAGAAACACAUGAAGAAAGCCGCACCUGUCCCAGCCGGGCUGGUAGAUGAGUACAAGAACAGCUUAAAGGAAAUUAAUGCCCGUCCGAUCAAGAAAGUCGUUGAGGCGAAAGCACGAAAGAAGAAGCGCACCUUGAAGAAGAUGGAGAAGGCGAAAAAGAAAGCAGAAUCUAUUUUAGAAAAGGGUGAACUGACCGAUAACGAAAAAGCGAGCCAGAUUAAGCAAUUAUACAAGAAGGCGAAACAGACUAAAAAGAAGGAAGUAACGUAUGUCGUAGCGAAAAAGUUUAACAGUGGAAAGCGAAUGAAACGCCCUGCUGGUGUCAAAGGUCCCAUGAAAGUGGUUGACCCCCGGAUGAAGAAGGACCUUCGAAAACUAAAGGGUGCUCCGAGGGGCAACAAUGCCGGCAAGAAAUCAAAGGGCUUCAAACCACCCAAGAAUAAACGUGGCGGAAGGAAAAAAUAGUUACAAUAAUUACUCUGAUUAAAAUGACGAUCUACAUUUCUAUAAAUUGUUGCAUUAUUCUAUUUUUACUUGAGAAAUAAAUUUUACGCAAUUGUUUUAUUGUUAAA